CCGUUAAAUAGCUGUAGUCACUGGCGUUACUGGAUAUUCAAGAAGCAAAGUCUUUUAAAAAAUAUUAUUAUUAUUAUUCUCUGUGGAAAUAAAUUACCAUUUCCAUUCCGUUGAGAUCCAGUUUUAUAAUAAUAAUAAUAAUAAUUCACGACAUUUCCUCCCACAGAUUUAUGAGAAGACUAUUCACAUGACCCAAAGAAGAAAUGAAGCACGUUGUAACCUGGACUGUUUUGCUUUGGCUAGCAAGUGUCAGUCCUUUCACCAUUGGAAUGGUUGUUACUGACAGGACAGAUAAGUCAUGCCCUAUAUUAAGGAUUAAAGAAAAUAAUCUUAAACCAAACCAAUGGCACAAUAUUGACGUGACAGGAUUUGAUCUAACAGAAAGGUUUUUACUAAGGAAGGGGAUUGAAGGAGAAGAAAGGCCAUCUUUUAGACUGGGAAACACACACCUUAUAAAACAAACUGAGUUGGUUUUUCCUAAUGGACUUCCAAAUGAAUAUUCUUUCGUAGCAACAUUCCGACUGAGAAGAACCACUAAAAAAGAACGUUGGUACCUCUGGCAAAUUGCUGAUAAGAAUGGCAGCCCACAGGUCUCUAUUAUUGUAGAUGGAAGUAAAAAGAUGUUAGAAUUUACAGCAAUGGGUCUCCUGAAGAACACUCUCCGUUACACCUUCAAGAGUCGAGAUCUUCACUCUCUGUUCGACCGGCAGUGGCACAAGCUGGGACUCCGCGUCCAGUCCAAAAUAGUUUCCCUUUACAUGGACUGUAAUCUUAUUGAAAGCAGGCUGACUGAUGAGAAGGACUCAAUUGAUGCUGGAGGCAGAACUCUAAUUACGACUCGGAUUGAAGAUGGUAGGCCAGUUGAUAUUGAACUUCAGCAAAUAACAAUUUACUGUGAUUCGGAAAUGGCUGAACUGGAAAACUGCUGUGAAAUGCAAGGUGCUGCGUGCCCAUCAAAGAAAGUGCUCACUGCCACAAUUCCUUCCCUGGUUUCCAGUCACCUCCCUAGAAUGCUUUCACAGCCUGCCCAGCAAACAACUGACAGAUGCCAAUGUUCUGCAGACAAGGGUGAGCAAGGCUUACCAGGGGUAUCAGGACUGCCUGGUCAGAAAGGGGACAAGGGGGACACGGGAGAAACAGGUGAAGAUGGACAUCCAGGAAACCCUGGUAUGAAGGGUGACAAAGGGUCUCCUGGUACUCCUGGCGUAAUAGGUCUGGCAGGGCCACAGGGAGAGCUGGGACCUGUGGGUAAUGAUGGGAUCGAUGGCAAAAAAGGUGAAAAGGGAGAGAAAGGAGAAUAUGGUCCUGAAGGGAAACCAGGAAAAGAAGGUUUAAAAGGUGAUCCUGGCCCCUCUGGUCUUGCCGGCCCCAAGGGUGAUAAAGGGGAUACAGGUCUUCCAGGUCCACCAGGUCUAUCUGGUCAAACUGAAGGACUGAAGGGAGAACCAGGUUUACCUGGCCCAAUGGGAGAAAAGGGUCCACGAGGGCCAGACGGUCAUCCAGGUUCACCAGGCAAGGAAGGUCAAAGGGGACGACGAGGAAGACCAGGUGUUGCUGGGAGCCCUGGACCCCCAGGACCUCCUGGACCUCCGGCUGCAGUAACAGGAUCAGGAAGCAAAGGAGAAAAGGGAGACCAUGGAAAGGAUGGGAUGAAAGGAGAGAGAGGAGAUCCUGGUCAUCCCAGGGGUCGCCCAGCGGGCACCACAGGAGAAAAGGGAGAAAAGGGUGAAGUUGGACCUAGAGGCCUACCAGGCCCUGCAAUGACAUACCAUGAUAUCAGACAUCUAACUGGAUCUGGAGAGUCGGGGGAGAGAGGACCGAAGGGAGAAAAAGGAGCUGCUGGAGAAGGACUGAAGGGUGAAAAGGGGGAAACAGGCCCACCAGGCCCUAUUGGGAGUUCAGGACCAGAGGGUAAAGAAGGGCCACCUGGCCCUGUUGGACCCAGAGGUAUCCCAGGGGAAGCGGGAUUACCAGGAGACCCAGGGGUACCAGGAAGCAACGGCAUGAAGGGUGAAAAGGGAGACUCUGGUGGGGUGGCAGGGCCUCCAGGACUCCCUGGUCCCAAAGGAGAGCCUGGAAUUUCAGGGCUGGGAAUUCCUGGAAAAUUGGGAGAAGGAGCACAAGGACCUAGGGGAUCUCGAGGACCUAAGGGUGAGAGAGGUGUUCCUGGUGUCCCAGGAGAUCCUGGAGAGAGAGGACUCCCUGGAAUAGGGCAUCAAGGACCUCCAGGUCCUGUCGGUCCAGCUGGGGAACCAGGUAUUCAGGGGUCUCGAGGACCACCAGGCUUGCCAGGGCCGGCAGGAGUGCCUGGAGUUGAUGGAACACCAGGGAGGGAUGGAAAAGCAGGUCCCCCAGGUCCACCGGGAGAGCCAACUGCACUGCCAAUGGUUCGAGACACGGGUGCUCUUUUAAAGAAUGCAUGCCAUGUGUGCCAGUUGAGAGCAUCGGGGUUGCCUGGACAGAAAGGAGACAAAGGGAUGCCUGGAAUGCCGGGUGCUGAAGGACUGGAAGGUGAGAAGGGUGAUCCAGGACUGAGAGGGCCUCCAGGGAAUCCUGGCAGAGAGGGCCCCAAGGGUGUUAAAGGGGAACGCGGAUUUCCGGGUCCUACUGGAGAAAAGGGAGAUGAGGGCACUCCAGGUGUGCCAGGGUUCCCAGGCCCCGCAGGUCGCACUGGAGCUCCUGGCCUUAUGGGAAGACCUGGACCCCAUGGCCAACAAGGGACUAAGGGUGAAAGAGGAAGUGAAGGAGCACCCGGCAGACCAGGACUUCCUGGACCUCCUGGCCAUCCAUAUCUUGAGGGAAACGGCAUGAGCAGCCUCUACAAAUUGCAGGUAGAGUGGAGGUGGAGGUGCUGUUGGCUAUCCUCCCCAGGUCCUCCAGGUCCAAAAGGCAAUGAAGGAUCAGCGGGAGAACCAGGUUCAAUGGGAUUGCCAGGACUGGAAGGAUUACCAGGAGCAAAGGGAGAUCCAGGGGUUCCAGGUACACCAGGUGAACCAGCCUCACCGGGGAAACCUGGAUCUCCAGGUACACCAGGACCCCCAGGGGAACCUGGUGAGAGAGGACCUGUGGGGGAAAUUGGCUUUCCUGGACCUGAAGGACCUGAAGGACCACCAGGAAGACCGGGGAAGGAUGGGAUACCUGGAUAUGAGGGAGCAACUGGUAGAACCGGAGACAGAGGAGCCAAAGGAGAGCGUGGGGAUCCAGGCAUACCUGGAGAAAGAGGUCUUCAGGGGGUACGAGGACGAGUGGGAGACAAAGGGGAUGUGGGACCCAUAGGACCCAAAGGCCCGCCAGGAGACACAGGGAAUCCAGGGCCCUUGGGCUCACCUGGUCCUCCAGGCCCGAUGGCUGAUGCUGCUUCAUUUGAGGAAUUAAAAAGAUUUAUUCGAGAAGAGGUUUUAAGGGUAUUUGAAGAGAAGAUGUCUGGCUUUGCCCCACACAUGAAGUUCCCUGCUGCAAUACUAGCUGCUCAUGGAAGACCGGGCCCUCCAGGCAAUGAUGGGUUACCUGGGCAACCAGGGGAGCCUGGGUCACCAGGACCUCAAGGCUACCGCGGCCAGAAAGGAGAAAGAGGUCAACCUGGCAUAGGACUUCUAGGAAAACCAGGUCCUGCUGGGCCUCCAGGCCUGCCUGGGACCGGUCAUUCAGGCCCAACUGGUUCCCCUGGACCUGCAGGCCCACCAGGGCCCCAAGGACUGAAUGGAAGAUGUAACCCAGAUGACUGUUACUAUCCUGUAUCCAACCCGCGACGGAACGGAUAGGAAAUGCACACAAGUCUCGUAUUUAUUUUUUGUAAAACAGCAGUGCUUUAAGGAUUAGUAUAAAGUACAUUAUUGCUGUCUGCAUACACUCGUAAGAGAAUAAUUUCUGAACAUUUUACAGUUUAAAUUGUUUAUUCAGUUUCUUUAGAAAUCUGUAUCUCUUUUUGUUUUUUCUAGAACCCUCCCAGACUGCAUUCCAUGCAUGCGUGUGUAUGUAAAGUUCCAUACACGGAAAUAUUUGAUUGUACUUUUUUUAUUGUUAUCUUCCAUUUGCAAUGUGAACAGGUGUGCCAAUCUGCCCCAUGUUCUUUUUUGCCCCAUUUUUUUUUUCUUCCCCAAAUUAGAGGGGGGGACAGCCUGAAUAAGCCAUGAAGCAUAAACACAUGCUUCUUCGUACUUAGGCUUUCAUGUGAUUUUGAAAAGGGUGAUUCCUGGUAAACAGGCCCCCCAAAAUAAGCUGCUUUUUGUUACUGCUGGAAGAAUGAAGUUGCUGGAGUUUUUUUUUUGUUUGUUUUUUGUUUUCAUUUAAGAAAUCAUGGCAAACUCCAAUUGUAAAUAGUUUGAUAAGUGUUUAUCAAUAUCAGUGUAGCUGGUUUCUAUCCACACCUGUGGUUGUUUAUUUUACAUACUCUGUUUCAUUUAUAACUUGUUAUUCUGAAUCAUGUUUGUGAUAGACACUAUGGUAUCUGUGUUGUAGUUAUCCAUUUUCUUUUCUCGCUAUGAGCACAAUGGACACAGCCUCUAUCCGUUGUGCUGGGGAGAUACCACUCUUAAUACAUUGCACAGGUAAUUCACAUUUUUAUAGUUUACAGUACAUGUUGGACAUUUGUAUAAGAACUGUAUAUACUGCUGUCUUGAAUGGUGUUAUGUGUAUAUUUUGGGCUUUAUCGGAGUAAGAUAUUUCAACAUUGAGAGCUUACAAUUUCUGCUUUCAGAUUAUUUUUUCACAAUUAUUGAUUUACUUGAAUUUUUUCUUGGGACAGGUAUUUUAAAAUGAUUUUUUUUUUUUUUUU